AUGGUGAAGAUGGGUAAAAUGCAGAAGAUACAGAUGAAGAAGAAGGUGAAUGAUUCAAAUUCCAGAAAUGACCUUGAUGAAGAAGAAAAUUUUGAAAGCAGCUUAGAAUCUGAUAAAGAUGAAAACGAAGGGUCAAACAAUUUGGUAACAAAUUCAGCAAAGGUGGAUGAUCAAGACUUCAACAAUUUUUUAAAUGAAGAAUAUUUAGAGGGUUCAGACGAAUCCUCAUUUAAUUUUUCAAGCACGAAACCUAUUAAUUUGGAUUUUGGAAAAGAGGGAAAAAAGAAAUAUACUGUUUUGAAAGGCCUCGUACAUAGUGACGAUGCGAAGAGAGGUGUGAUGAGAGCUGUUAAGGAAGGUGUUAUGGAAGGUGAAAACAUGGGAAAAUGUGCUACACUAGUAAGUGGCAUCAAGUAUCCUCAGCCCAACCUAGAAAAAAGUGUUGCCUUAGAUUCUGGCACUCAUAACAAUGAUACGUGUCCAUUUCAGAAGCAGUUGGAUAUGAACAAACAGAAUCGAUUCGAAGGUAGAGAAGCAAACGGACGUAGCGAGGUAGAAGAAGGAAGCUCGUCGGAGACAGAUGAUAAGACAGAGAAAGAAGCUAGUGGAAGAGACGUGGCAGGAGACGUGUCAGUUGAAGUAACCUCCAGUAGAGACAUAGUUCCCCUGAGAAUAAGUCAACUGGAAAGAGAGAAUAAUGGAAAAAUAGAGGAACUUGAAUUUCCAAACGAAUAUCUAAACAGCAGCAGCUUGGCAUCUAGCAUGGUGUAUAGAGAGAGUGAAUUAUGUUUCAUAAAAUAUCUAAUCGUUUGUAACUUUAAGAGCUAUGAGAAUGAAAAUGUUAUAGGUCCAUUUUCCAAAUUCACAGCAAUUAUAGGACCUAAUGGAUCAGGGAAAUCGAAUAUUAUGGAUUGCAUUUGUUUUGUCUUAGGAAUUCAUAAUAAACAUUUGAGAGUAAAAAAUAUGAAGCAUUUAAUACACCAUAAGGAAAAUGAGAAGAUGGAAAUGUUGAACAAAAGGAAAUGUUAUGUAAAACUUGUGUUAGAAUGUAACAAACAAAAUAUCGAAAUUAAGAGGACUCUAAAUUAUAGAGGAGUAAGUAAUUACUACAUUAAUGAAAGAUUAGUGGAACAUAAAGAAUAUGUAAAUUUUUUAAAAAAAAAUCGAAUCGAAACUAAGACAAAAACAUGCUUAAUAUUUCAAGGAGAUAUUGAAGAUGUAAUUAAUAAGAAACCGACAGAAUUGUCAAGACUGUUUGAGUAUAUAAGUGGUUCAGAUGAAUAUGAACAAGUGUAUGAAGAUAUGAAAGAGAAGCUGAAAGAAAAACAAAUGAAUUGUAAGAAUUAUUUAAAUGAAAAAAAGAAAUUGGAACAAGAAAUUAAAAUUCAUAAAAUGCAGAUAAAUGACAAUAUAGAACAAAACCUACUGAAAGAAGAGUACGAAAAUGAUGUAAAAUUAUUUUACCUAUUUCGUCUUUAUCAUUAUUAUAAAAAAAAAGAAAAAUUAAAAGAUGAUUUACUCACGUUUAAGGAUGAAAAAAUUGAAUUCGAACAAGAAAUUUUAACUAAAAAUAAAAAAAUUGCAAAUGAUUUGGAAAAAAAUAAAUUAGUAAAAAAAAAAAAUCUUCUCAAAUUACAAGAUCAGAUAAAAGAUUAUAGAGUAGAAAUGAAUCAACUCAAAAUUAGUCUCAAUGAAAUAAAUGAAAAAAAAAAAUUCUGUGAAGAAUCUCUAAACAAAAUAUUAGCAAAUCAGAAACUGAAGAAAAACAUGCAAAUCCAUUGUACCAAAUUUGUUGACAAUUUAAAUGAACAGAUUAAAGAUCAAAAUAAAAAACUUAGCACUGAAUAUGUUAAUAAAUUAAAUAUCAUUUUGAAGUUUGUCGAUAAGUAUGAUCUUGUCAAAGCAUACCUUAAGGAUAGACACAAAAGUGUGUAUGAUGGUCUGAUGAAAGCAGAAAAAAAAUUGAAAACCAUGAAAAUUCUGGAUAGUAACAAUAAUAAUAGCGACACAAAAAUUAAUCAGAAAAACGAACAAGAAGCAAUGUUUGAAAUUUGCAAUGCACUGCAAGUUAUUGAAAAUUUAACCGAAUACAAAAAAUGUAAAGAAAAAUAUCUAUAUCAGUGUGCAAACAGUAAUAUUAACAUUAAUAACUACACAACUUUAUCAAAUUCGUUGAAAAAAGAUAUUAAAGAAUUACAGGAAGAAUGUGACAAUCUUAGCAGAAAAAAACAGAAAGAAGUACUCGAUUAUGAGUCUGAAAAAAUGACCUUGGAUGAAUUGACAGAUCGAAUAAACAAACUAAAUAAUGUAAUUGCAGAGGAUAAAAUGAAAGUAGAAAAAUAUAAAAAUGAUUUGAAAUCAUACAAUUUUACCAUCACAAAAAAGGAAAAACACAUCGAACAGUUGGAUGAGCAAAUAAAUGUACUAAAUAUACAUAAAAAUGAAUUAAUAUAUUUUGAAAAAAAAAAAGAAAUUAUUCGAAAUUUAAAAAAUAUGUUUGGAGAUGAUGAAAUAUAUGAUGAGAUUAGUAACCUCUACGAAGUAAACAAUCAGAUAUAUUACACAGCUGUCAACAAUGUUAUUCAUAAGUAUAAUAAUUUUCUUGUAGUAAAAAAUAUAGAGACUUGUGUGAAGUGCAUCAAGUACCUCAAAGAUAACAAACAUCACAAGAUGGAUUUCAUCCCUCUAGAGAAUUUUGUGAAUAAUAUGAAACUGAAAAAAUGGAAAAACAAAGACAGAGAAGGUGAAGAAGCAGCAUAUGUAGAGGGGCAGCAGAAGAAGAUGUAUAACACAGGAAGCAGAGAUGAACAACAUGAGAAGAACAACUCGGACAAUUUGACGAACAAUGAGUUUAUGGAAGAAUAUGGAUAUCAUCAUCACAUGAUAGGAAAGGUGAUGAAUUUAUUUAAAAAAAAAAAUAUCGUGCUAGCAAAUAAUUGUCUUGUGUGUGAUGAACAGUUUAAAGUGAUCUUUGAUUACCUCAUAGGUAAGAACACUCUGAUUGUUGAUUGUAUAAAAGAUGCAGAAGAUAUAAGGAAGAAAUUUCCAAACCUGAAUGCAAAUAUAGUAACACUGAAUGGUCAUAUAAUUUCCAAGAGUAACAAUUUAAUUGUUGACAUUUCUUCUAAAUAUGGAGAUAAUGAAAAGUACAACAUGGGAAGGUUAAACAUAAGUCUGUAUAAUAAAAUAUUAUCUGAAAAGGAAGAAUGUCGAAAUGAUAUAAAUGAUUGCAAUAAGAAGAUAAUCGAAACGAAUGAACAUGUUAAUAAAAUAAAUUAUGAACAUGAAUUAAAUAAAAAAAAAAUAGCUAGCUUAUCAAUUAAAAAGAACAUUUUUGAAAAAGAAGUAGAAGGGAAAUUAGCCAUAAUUGAAAAUUAUGAAGAAAGAAUAAAUAAAAUAAAAAAGUUACAUAUAAAAAAAAAAAUAGAUACACUAGAAAAUUAUGAAUCUGAAUUAAUGAAAGAAAGAAAUGGAUUAGCAUCUUUUCAAAAGGAAUCAUUUAAAAUUCUAAAUGAAAGAUUCAAAAUUGAAAACAUCUAUGAAUCUGUAGAACGAAGUACUAAAGAAAUGGAAAAAGUAGAUGAACAUAUUGAUAGAAUAAAAAAUAAUAUAAAAAAAUUAAAUGAUGAUAUUAAUGAACUGUUGGACAAACAAAAUGAAAUAAACCUUUUUCAAAAAAAUGAAAAAUCAGAAAAUCAGGAAGAGAAUGUCAAAAUGGAUCUGUACAACUUGAACGAAGAGGAAAAAAAACAAGUUGAAAAAAUAAACCAAAUUCAAAACUCAAUUCAAGAACUAGAAAAUGAGCAAGGUACAUAUCACAAGAACUUAGCUACCAUUAACCAGGAAUUAAAUGAACUUCGAGAAAAUAUUAACACCAAUUUUGAAAAGUAUGAAAACAUUCAAAGCAAAAUAGACAACUGUCGAAAGAAGAUACGAAUCUAUGCCACUCUUGUCAAGGAUUUAAUAAGUGAAUGUGAUAUGAAUGGUGUAAACAUUUUCGUCACCACCAAUGUGAUUGGCGAUGGAGAAUGUGACAUGCACAGGCAAGACAAUCGAGGUGGACGAAACUGUCGAAGUGGGCGAAGCAGACGAGGAAGAAAAACAGACAAACAAUCCGGAAGGAAGAGCAAGCUCUUGCAGUGCAGCGAUGACGAGGACACACAUGGAAGUAGCGACAGAAGCAGCAGUGAUAGAAGCAGUAGUGACAAAGGCAGUAGUGACAGAGGCAGUAGCGAUGCAGAGGUGGAGUUGACAAUGUCAAACAUCUCAUUUGAUUCAGUUCCAGAAGAAUUGAAACAAAUGGAAGGGGAUAAGGAAAUCAAUAAUGAGAAGGAAAAAAUGGAAAAAGAAAUUGAAAGAAAAAGAAAAUUAUUAAAACUGAGAAAUGUAAAUAAUAGCGCAGAAAAGGAAUAUGAAACAUUAGUUGAUAAGUUAAGAGUAGUUGAUAGUUCGUUAUCAAAUGAAAGAAAAGAGUGUAAUUUGUUCGAACGGAAUUUUCGAAUAUUACAAAAGAAGAGAUCCUAUAAAUUUUUGCAUUGUUUUAAUUACAUAAAAAAUGUAAUCGACAAUGUAUAUAAUAACUUAACAUAUAGUGUAAAACAUCAUGUAGGUGGUCAGGCAUUUUUAGACUUAUUUAAUCAUAACGAAUUUAACAAAGAUGAUGAACCAUUUUACUGUGGAAUAAGAUAUAACAAUAUGCCACCAAUGAAAAGGUUCUUUGAUAUAAGUGAGUUAAGUGGUGGAGAAAAAAGUAUAAGUGCAUUAGCCUUAAUUUUCUCAAUCCAAAAAUAUAUAAGUAACUCUUUUAUUAUUCUGGAUGAAGUGGAUGCUAAUAUGGAUCCUAUCAAAAUGAAUUCUCUUGCUCGCUACCUGAAUUCUAUUAAUAGCCAAGUCAUUGUCAUUUCUCUUAAAGAAAAGUUUUUUAGUAAGAGUCAAACUCUCAUCGGUGUUUACAAGAACAAGCAUAAGAAGUGCUCCAGGACUAUCACUCUUGACAUCAGCAAGUAUCGUCAGGAUGGUGAAAUCAAACGGUGA